AUGUCGCGAUCGGCCAUGUCGAGCCCGAUGAGCUCGCGAGAGCGUCAAGAGGAGGAACUGGACUCCAUCGCGCGCGCCACGGAGCGGGCGUUCGAGCGCGUGCGCACGGCUCGAGAAAGAGCGGAGACGAGACGGCGAGUGAAAUCCAUGCCGAACACGCCGGUGGUCGUGAGUGAGUUUAGAAGAUUCGAGAACCAGUGGACGCCGCCGCGCGUCGACGUGGGCGCGACGAGAUUGGUGUUCGACGCGGCGGAGGACGAGACAGCGCCCGCGAGCUUGGAGGACGCGCCCCGAGACGUCGCCGAAGCGUCUGGAAACGACGCUAUCGAUGCGCUCGUCGACGAAGCGGCUGCGAAGUGUAGAAAAUUAGAUAUCGUCGAAGUAGACGAGGAAGAGGCGGAGGAGACGCUGGAAGUGGAGAAAGAAGCGCGCGCAGUCAUCGCAGAGCCAUCAGUACUCGCUAGGGAGGAAGUCGUGGUUCCGUCGAAGGAAACGAAGCCGAUGAAGGUGGAUAAGCGCGCGGUGAGGGAGCUGGCGCUGAAGAAUCCAGAGCUCGCGAAAGCUCCGUCAUAUUAUAGGAAUUCGUCGCAAUCGUCGAGCGGGUCGACGCUCGAGACGCAGACAUCGAUGUCGCCAAGAAAGUCGGAAGAGCCAACGUCAGAGGAGAGCUGCGUGGUCAUGUGA